CAGCACCCAGAGCCACAUACCUUCCGCCUCUAAUGUGUAAUUUGGAUUUCAUCUCUCUCUUCGGCUGUUUUUGACUAAAAAAAUUUUGUAUUAAUUUUAGUUGCAGUUUAAAAUUUUUGAACGGGCGUCUGUUGCUCGUGCCGGAUUGUCAUUAAUCAAGUUCAAUUCUGUACCGGUUGUGGGGAUAACUAACUAAAAUCAAAAUGUUGCGACUCGUUUCUCGAUCCGUACAAGCUGCUUUUCGUGGGGCGGUCAUCAAUGCCCGAGUUGCACAACCAGCGAUUUCCAAUACUCGCUAUAUGUCACACAAAGUUCAAGAGACAGACGAGGAAUUUGAUGCAAGAUAUGUGGCUUAUUUCAGCCGCCCGGAUAUUGAUGGCUGGGAGAUCAGAAAAGGAAUGAACAAUUUGAUUGGGAUGGAUUUGGUCCCUGACCCUAAAAUCAUUAGCGCCGCAUUGAGGGCCUGUCGUCGCGUCAAUGACCACGCGCUUACAACCCGAUUCUUGGAAGCUAUAAAGUUUAGAUGUUUGGUCAACAAGGACCUCUACCCAUAUGUCAUUAAGGAAAUUAGACCAACCCUUGACGAAUUAGGCAUUAGUACACCUGAAGAGCUGGGAUACGACAAGCCCGAGUUGGCGUUGAAAAGCGUGUUUGAUGUUCAUGGUUAAUAGCUCCCUAAGUCAUAUAAAUAAUUGCAAAUAUUCGUAGUGAAAUGAUACUGUCAUAGAAGAUAACAUUCGGAUUAUAUUCAUCUUCACCUUCCCCAGGCUGCAACAUUAAAUUACCAACGAAUAAAAUAACCUUUCGAAUCGUCAAUCUUUGUUGCUGCAUGGCCGUGGAAUAUAGCUAAGUUAAAUUGCCAUAUAGCUGUAACUUGUAAAACAAGUAAGAGAGUAUAUGAAUAAAAUAUUGUAACAAAAUGUA